GACGAGUCGAUGACGUCAGCGCGUGGUGUGCAACGCGGAUGGCGCAGUCUUUGCGCACAACAUGCAUCACUCCUUUCAAGGGCUAGAUUCGGAGAACCUUGGGGAUAAACACACAGAACACUCGUUUCUUGCGCCGGAAAAGGAAGAACUCUGGCUUUGCAUCCCACCACACCACACCACACCACACCACCGCAUCUCACAACAUCUCCUCAACCCCACACACUCAGCAACCAUGGCCACCCAAGAAAGAGAUGGCAACACCAAGGGCAUAAAUGCCUACGCCACCCUCCUAACCCGCCCCUCCUACCUCGCCGGCGCCCUCCUACUUGCCCACACCCUAUCUCACCACUCACCCAGCACCCCCCUUGUAAUCUUGUACACCCCUGAAACCAUGCCCGACACCGCCGUGGCCGCUCUCCGCGCAGAGGCAAAGUACUCGAAUGCGGUGCUGUAUCCGGUCGAGCACUUGCGUCUGCCUGCUGGAGGUGAGGGAGAUGAGGAGGGCAUGGUAGCUGAACGCUUCAUCGACACGUGGACGAAGCUCCGCGUGUUCGAAGUGCUCGAGGUGCAAGGGCGCAAAGUCGACCGCCUGUGUUUCUUAGAUGCCGACAUGAUGGUCUUCUCCAACCCCUCACCCUUCAUCUUCAACGCGGACAACGAUGCCUACCUCGCGGGCGGGGAUGCCAACCGAAUGGUCGCGACGCACAUCUGCGUGUGCAACCUCGACGGCGACGCGUGGGCCCCUGCGUCCUGGACGCACGAGAACUGCGCGCACACCCACGUCCGGGAUAAUGAGGGCGUGCCGGCCGUCAAGCCCGACCCACCCACCAUGGGCGAGAUGAACACGGGCACAUUCGCCUUCCGGCCCUCCCCCACGCUGCGCUCCUUCGUUCUCUCCGCCUUCGAAGCCACGCCUCCCGCUGUGCUCCGCAAGCUGAAAUUCCCCGACCAGGACUUCCUCAACAUGAUCUUCGCCGGCCGCUGGAAGAGCGUCUCCUGGCGCGUCAACGCGCUCAAGACGUGGCGCUACUGGCACCCUGCCAUGUGGGAUGACGAUGCCGUCGCGGUGCUGCACUACAUUGUCGACAAGCCGUGGGCCGCCCGAGUUACGACUUCUCCUGAGGGGAAGAAGGUUGCGGGGUACAAGGGCGACGACGGGGAGACGCAUGGGUGGUGGUGGGAUAUGUUUGAGCGCUGGGCUGAGGAGAGAAGGGGGCAGGGGGAGGAGGAGUUGCUGGCUACGACGGCGAGAUACGUGGCGGGUGAGGACGGCAAGGAUAGCGAGGAGAUGCGCGCGGUUGGGGGAGGAGCGCAGGCGUUUGCGAAGAAGUGGGAGGGCGGUUCCAAAGCCGUGGACGGUGCGAAAGAAGGGGACAAGGUCGUCGGCGAUGUGAGGAGUGGGAGCGAGGGCAUGGCGCAGGGAAAGUCAGAUGAGGUGACUGGGAAUCCGCCCCCGGGGCAGUCGGACUUUGGGCAGGGUCCGCAUGGUCCGAUACUGAGGAAGCCGAUGUUUGGCGAGCGGGGCCAUGGGCGGGUUGUCAGGGGGAGAAGAGGGGAGUGAGAUGUGCAUGUGUGAACUCUGUAUACCUUACCAUGUUCUCCUCACCCGCUAGACUUUCC